GGAGCCAUUAGGUUUUUGUUUGUGAAAGUAGCCAUUGAGUUUUUCUUUCUUGAGCUUGAAUCUAAAUCAUAACACUUAUCAUCUUCUUCUUCUUUUCCAUCUUUUUAUUGUCAUAUUUCUUGUUUGGGUUAUUGGAUAUUAUUGCAAGAACAAAUCCGGGCAACAUAUGUUUAUUGAAUCCUUAAGAUUCACAUUAUUUGGUAUCAAGAGCCAUUGGUUCUUGUUCUUGUAAUUGUAAGAAAUUUAUCAAAAAAAAAAGAAAGAAAGAAAAAAAAAGUGAUACUUCAAAAUAUAUCCACGGGCUUUAGCUAUAAAUCGGUAUACAUAUUGUUGGGUAUGCCAAAUUGAUUAUUCCAAAGUUGUAGACCAAAAUUGAAUCAAUUGUUGGGUCUAUUGUUGUUGGGUGAAAUUGUGCACACAAAUUGUUUGUUGAUUUGUCCCAUUGGCCUAGCACCCUACUUUCACUUAUCUUGUGGCUUCUUGGACUAGUUUUCACUUGCCUAGUUGUAUAUCUUGUUUGUGCUAUUUGUGCAACCCUUGAGUUUACAUCGUCGAGAGCAAGUGAGAGAGAGUAUCUAGCCACUAAAUCUCUAAGCCUUCCGAGAGAUUUUGGGUGUGAGUUUGGGGAAUUGGGGACAUGCUUUGUGGGUUGGAAAGUGAGCUCCUCACUAAAAUCUCCAUUCUUGGGUGUGUGCGUUGUUUGUGUUACUAACAAAAGGGACUUGUCCCUAGUCUUGUGCAAUUUGUUUUGUAGGUACUUGAAAUGGUGAACUCUAGGCAUGACUCGCCUAUAAAUCAAGUUGCCUCACCAUCCGAUGUUACUAUCGAAGAGAUGUUCUCCUCAAUCAUGAAGUAGAUGCACGAGGUGCGGGACAAUGUGAAUGCUAUGCAAGGAGGAUUUACGACUUUUCAUGAGGAUAUAGCCCUCCUCAGAGAUCGAGUUAGGCAUAACCAUUCCAUAGCACCUAGUGACCGAGAGAGACAUGAUUGGAGUGGCUACAACUCUUGGUACCAUGAUGAUGGACUUGAUAGAGGGAGUAGAAGGGAACGAAUUCCAAAGUUCCAUGGAGAGUCACACUCUAGGGGGAUGAGGGAUCAUGGUCAUCAUAAGGUGCAUGAGUGGCUAAUGGGGGAAGAAACCUCAAGUAAAGCAAGGAAGAGCUCAAACUCACAACAUUAUGGUUGUGGCACAAGCGGAAGAAGUGUCCCACCAAAGAAGGUGGACUUAUCUCAUCCUAGCUAUCACACGAAGGUUUCGUCGUGGUUGUCAUCCAAUUUCCCUCCUUCAAAGAGCUUGAUUCAAAGUGAGCGUGACAAUGUUAAUCGCAUUGUUAAAGAGCGUGUCAAAUAUAGGGUGGAUUUUAUUGCCAACGAAAAUGAAGAGCAAUGUGACGAUGAAAAAGAGUCUAUGUCCAUAUAUGAAGAAGACGCACACCCAACUUUCAAUGAUGGUGUGCCAAGCAUAGUGGAAGCCGAAGACGAAUGUGAACCGUUGAAUGCCCUUCAAAUCUUGAACACCGAACCAAAGCUACAUGAGGUUGCUAAUGGAAACAAGCACUUGAGAGAGGAUCGAGAGAAAGAGAAAAAGCUAGAGAGUGAGGGCAUGCUUCAAAAGCCAAUAGAGUGUGAGAAAAGGCAAAAAUGUGAGACGCAAAAGCCAAGAGAGAGUGGUGGGGGUGAGUGUGAAUCAAAGCUAUCAAGAGAGAAAAACUACAAGCAUGUGAGAAAAAAAAGUGGCUUGUUAGAUUAUAAGGUCAACCUUGGUGAGUAAAAUUGAAGACAUGGAAGUGAGACAUCAUGAUGCAAAUGGCUUGGAAACUACCUCACCGAAAAAUGAUCAAGAGGAACAAGAGCAAGUCGAAGAACUCAUUGCCCAAGGUUCAAGUACACUAUCCUUGCUUCCUUGUGAUGUUUCUUUGAAGUGCUUAGAUAAGAUUGAUGUGUUGGACAAUAACUUGCUUUGCAAAAUUGAUUUGAACCAUGUUGAGCCUAUCUUGUACUUAAAGCAUGAGUUUGUAAAUUCAAGAGUGACACAUGUGAAUAAGAUUGAUUUUGAAAAGCCGGCUUGUGAUGAUAGCUUUGUCAUUGGUGAUUUGUGGCAUCAAGAGCUUGAAUAUUUGAAUACCAAGUCCAUAUUUUCAUCUUAUGUUGACCCCUUCUUGAGAAAUCCAAGCAUUGAUAAGUAUGUUAUUUCGAUUUUGGAUUCUAACUUGAAAGAUGAAAUGACUUCCUUGCAUACUAAGAUGUCUAAGCCUUCACUUAUUCGCAAUUUUAAGUUUCAUAAACAUGUGGAUGAGAAUGUUGAUGACUUUAGAACUUGGUAUUUGCUAUGUUUUCAUUGCAAAAUGGUUAGACCCUUCAAUGGGAUUGGGAUGUUCUAUGGUUGUUUUGUGAAGGACUUUUCCACUCACAUGUCUUUUGUGGGUUAUGUUGUGAUUAAAGUCAUAGUAAUGCAUUGUUCCCAUGUGUGUGCCCAUGUCUUGAAAUUGUUAGAGCAAUUGCGAGGGACUUAUUUUUAUAAGUUUCUUAUGUUAAUUGAUAUUAUGUUUUACAAGAUUCAUGUGGUGUUAUACAAGGUUCACAUGUCUUGUGUUGAGCAUACCCUACAUGCUAUGCACAAUGAUUUUUGGUCACAUUCUUCUCAUAAUAAUGAUCACUUCUUCAAAGUAUUGGAGCAAUUAAGUAAGCAUCAUGUUGACAAACUUGAUUCUACAUUUGGCAUAAUUCCUUGUAAGCUUCAAGAAAAUAAUCUUAAGAUUGAGGUCUCCUUUGUUCUCAUUGCUAAAUUCGUUUUUGAAUGUGAUAGUGGAAGUUGGUUCGUUGAUUGUGAUUGUGAGAACCAUCUCCUUGUUUGUGAAAUAUCUUUUGGGUUCCAAAGUGAAAUCAACCUCUUGUAUUGUACUAUGAUAUUUGAUUUGGACUCGCUCGAUUUUGUAGGUGUACUUGAUCGGGAUUUGAGGACAAAUCCUUCAAAAGAAGGAGAGGAUGAUGUGAACCCGAGUGUCCCAAAGAAAAAUCGAAGAACCGGAUUUGAGGACAAAUCCUUUCACAAAGAAGGAGAGGAUGAUGUGAAUCCGGGUAUUCACAAUCAUAAAAUACAACGAUGUCGAGGGCCGUGGGUUGAUUGGGGUCCGAAAAGAGGGUGGAGACAUGUCAAGGUGCUCAAGGCCUCGUGGGGGGAGGGAACGGAAGCGACUCCCGUCCAAACAUUUCUUAUGGAGUCAUUUGCCCCUCACUGCGCGACUUUCGUAUAAUGGUCAUAACUCUCUCAUCCGGACUCCGAUUGGGGCGUUUAAGAUACUCACGCGAAGCCCUUUCGAAGACGAAGAUAGUGCUUUUAGAGGAUUCCAGAGAAAUCGCUCGACCGGGCGAUUUUCAAGGGGAAAACGCCCGACCGGGCGUUCUGUCAGUUUUUGGUCGCGAAUUCCAGAAAGUUCGCUCGACCGGGCGUUUUGCAUGAGCCCAAAACGCCCGACCGGGCGUGUUGCGCGACUUGCGUUUUUGGACUCUUUUUGUCUCUUUUAUUUAGCACUUUUAGUCCCUUGUAUAAAUACCAAUGUCUAGGGUUUUGUGGGGAGACUUUUGAACAUUAUUGAAGAACAAAGACUCCA